UAUUAUAUUCUGUUGAAACGUAACCUAUUCUACUGUUUUAGCUUAAAAUAAAAAUGUCAGGUUUCGACAGGUGGGUUGGAAAAGUUGCAGUUGUGACUGGUGCAAGUGCUGGAAUUGGGGCUGACAUAGCCAAACAACUAGUUGAAAAAGGACUUAGGGUUGUGGGCUUGGCAAGACGCAAAGAAGUGGUCGAAGACCUCAACAAAUCCUUGAAAAAGGCACCAGGCAAACUCUACGCCUUAAAAUGCGACAUGAGCAUCGAAGAAGACAUCGUCGCCGCCUUCAGGUGGAUAAAAACAAACCUCGGCGCUGUUCACAUCUUAAUCAACAACGCCGGAAUCAUCCAGGACACCACGUUAAUUGACGGCGAUUCAGACAAAUGGAGGAAAAUUCUGGACGUCAACGUUUUGGGUCUUCAGAUCGCGACCAGAGAAGCUAUGACUUCAAUGAAGGCGAACAAAGUCGACGGUCACAUUAUACACAUCAACAGCGACGCAGGCCACCGACACGUCUUCUUCCCCAAAAUCAACAUGUACACCGCCUCGAAAUUCGCCGUCACCGCCCUCACCGAAACCCUGAGGCACGAGAUCAACGCCAAUAAGUUAAGAAUUAAAGUCACGAGCGUUAGUCCGGGAGUCACCAAAACUGAAAUCGGGGUGAACAAUGGGUUUGCGCAGGAAGUGUCAGCGGGAAUGCCCGCGUUAAAUCCGGAUGAUAUUACUGAAGCUGUAAUCUAUGCUCUGUCUACUAAACCACAUGUUCAGAUUCAUGAGAUUAUGGUCCUUCCACUUGGGGGCACAUUUACUUAAUUUUUCUUUUAGUUUUAGUUGAUUUAUUUGUAAUAUUUUAUAUUUUAAAAUAAAAUUUUGUCUAUUAA